ACUCUCUCUCUCUCUUUCUCACUUUCUCUCUCUAACACACACAGACAGUACAUAGAAAAGCUUGAAGAAAGUAACAAUGGCGGUCGUUCUGAACGAUGAACAGAUAGUUGAGUUUCAGGAAGCUUUCAGGCUAUUUGACAAAGAUGGAGAUGGGUGCAUUACAGUGGAAGAAUUGGCAACUGUAAUUAGAUCGUUGGAUCAAAAUCCAACGGAGGAGGAACUCCGGGACAUUAUUAGCGAGGUUGAUGCCGACGGCAAUGGGACCAUUGAGUUUUCUGAGUUCCUAACCCUAAUGGCCAAUAAAGUUAAGGAUAGUGAUGCUGAGGAAGAACUGAAGGAAGCAUUCAAAGUAUUUGACAAGGAUCAAAAUGGUUACAUUUCUGCUAAUGAGCUAAGGAAUGUGAUGAUAAAUCUGGGGGAGAAGCUAACAGAUGAAGAAGUAGAACAAAUGAUCAAAGAGGCUGAUUUGGAUGGUGAUGGUCAAGUUAACUAUGAUGAAUUUGUCAAGAUGAUGUUGACCCUUUAAUCAUCCUCUCAUUAUCAACAACAUAUUAUUAAUUAUUCAUGCAUUUCUUUCUUUUAGGUUAUUAUUAUCAUUUUCAAUUUUAUUUGUCUAAUAACAUGUCUAUCAUUAUUAAUUCCUUGAUUCUUAUUGUAGCUAUAUAUAGCUAGUU